ACGUGGCACUGCAGGGUCCCCCGCGCGAAGGACGGAUGAGGGAGGGAGGGAGGGGGAGAUCACCUCAACGCAGUCGGAACGUGCGUUCAGCGUAGUCUUAGUGGGGGUAAUGGAAGGCAGGGUGCUGCCACGUGGUAGUGCGAUUCUGCACUGUAGCGAUUGCCAACUCGAUAGGAGGAAACGCCUGGAAUGGCGGUCGUCACGUGGCCCCGGCGCGGGGGGCUGGGGAGGGGGAUUGGCGUGGAAAUGCCGCCCGAGGGCAGGAUCGCGCGGGAUAUGCGCAAAUUGUCUGUCGACGGGAUUGACAAGGGAGAGGAGCGAGGGGAGGAGGCGGAUGGGCGCGGAGGCGAAGCGGAGUUGCUCGUCAGAACGACAAGCCUGGACUCGCCGUGUUCUAUUAGAUGACGAGUGCAUUGGCGCGCAGCGAAGGAGGGUGGCGCGGGUGCCAUCGGCAGUAUCUGGGGGCAUCCCCCUAGAGUGCAUUGGCGCGCAGGGGGGAAGCAGAGUGCCACGGAGGUUAUGGGCAGCAUCUGGGGAAAUCGCCCAGGAGUGCAUCGGCGCGCAGGGGGGAAGCAGAGUGCCAGGUGGGUCACCGGCAUUAUCUGGGGGAAUCGCCGAAGCGGGGGAAGGGAGAAGGGGAGUGAGGGGAUACAUCGUAUGUCAAGGACUUGCUUUGACCGGGUUAUUUGGUGACUGGGGGGUGAGAGAAAGGAGGACGGGUAGGGGGGACCCAGGGGGCAGGCGGUCAUUAUUCUGUAGGUGCAGAUGGAGGAGAAUGCCAGCGAUGGCGCGGAAGGAGGAGUUCUGGGAAGAGGAGGAGCAGUUAUGGAAGGUGGUGAUGAGAGGGCGACCCGGAUGGACGUCGGCGCCGAGCAGCAGGGGCAACGGUCGGAAUUGUGUUCGGGAUCUCACGUUGGGUUGGAUGGGGAUCGGGAUGCCUUGCGGCGGGAGCGGGAAGAGGAGCGCACGAAGCGCCCGCUUUGCCGUUCCGCCGCCGGCUUCCAAGUCCGAGACCGCAGUUGACACCGACGCUGACACCGCCGCUACCUUGUCCCCUGCUCCCAGUUCACCUCCUCUGUCUGGUAGUCCUCCUCCUCCUCCUAGUUUGCACGCGUCCAGUGACAAAGACACUGCGCGGGGAGGAGCGCCAUCCAAUCAAGUUGGUGCAAGGUCUGACGAUGUCGAUGUUGAUGAACCUGGGCAUGACGGGGAGGAAGGGGAGGAGGAUAGGAAUAAGACUUUACCUGGCACCUCCAGCUCGCCGUACACAAGUGUCCAAGAGAUCUUGACAUCGGAAUUGCUAAUGCCAGCUCAUCAAUUGGCUCCUCAGGAGAUCGGGGAAUGGCUCAGAAGGAAGAAGAAGAAGAUCAAAGGGCGGAGAAUCGCCGUUGAUGAAGAAGGGAUCGCAGCGGUUGUUGCAAGACUUGGAACAAUGUCGCCGUUUGCAGACGUCGAUGGCUACCUGAACACGUGGGUCGGACGCUUCAAUCGUCGCAAUUUCCCCUCGCUAAUGAAGGGGUUGACAGAGACUGGAGAUCUCCGAAUGACAAUGAAGGUUUUUAACUGGAUGAAAAAUCAACGGUGUUAUAGGGCACGGAAUGACAUCUACAACAUGUUGAUUGAUUUGAGUGCCAAAUGUCAUCGUCUCGAGCAUGCACGGGGCUACUUUAAUGAGAUGAAAGAAUGGAGGUGUAAACCGGAUAUCAAUUCAUGGAAUGCUUUAAUAAAUGCGCACACACAAAUGUCGGAUUAUGCGGGUGCUUACCGGACAUUUGAGGAUAUGAUGAGGUGGGAGAUUCCUCCAAGCCGGUCUUCGUAUGUGUUUGUCAUAAAGGCGUGUGGAAAUGCUCGCAACUCAAAAAAGGCCCGUGAAAUAUUUCAGCGGAUGAAGGAUGAUGGCGUACCUCUAGACUCCGUUAGUUUCAAUGCUCUCAUGGCUGCUUACAGAAACGAACGGCUGUACGGUAAAGCGCUUGAGGUGUUUGAGGAAAUGAAGGCAGCUGGUGUCUACCCAGAUAGAGCAUCGCACGAUAUCAUGCUCAGCUGCUUGAUUAAGCUGGGAAGGGCGGAGGAGGCGAUUCAACUUUUUGAGGAGUCUCUGAAGAAAGGACAAACAGGCUCGUUGUCGACGCUGAAACCGGGCGGCCAUACCUUCAAUACAAUUAUGCAUGCCUACGCCAUGGAGGGCAGAUGGAAGAAGGCGAUGGAUAUUCUCACGCAGAUGGAGAGCGCAGGGAUUCUGCCAAAUGUUGUGACCUACAACAUACUGAUCAAUGCGUUCGCCGUUGCUGGGAUGUUCAAGCAAGCGGAGGAGAUUUUUGGUCGAAUGGAACGAUCGGGGAUGCACCCCGAUGUUGUUUCGUAUUCGACGUUGAUGAAUGCGUAUGCAAAGGCAGGAAAAGCCGACGAGGUGCGGGCGCUUGUCCCGGCCAUGGUAAAGCGAGGAGUCAAGCCGAACGUCGUUGUUUUCAAUGCCGUUUUGGAUGCGUAUUCGCAGGUUGGACGCGUUGAAGACGCGUUCGGAUGGGCGGAUGAGAUGGAGGUUCGGGGAGUUGCGCUGAAUGUCGUGUCGUACACGACGCUCAUCAAGGCUUGUCAUAGGGGUGGCCAACCGGAGAAAGCAGAGGAAGUUUUGACGCGGCUGCGCACACACGGCGUCAAACCGAACGAGCAUGUAUAUAAUUCUUUAAUUCUUUUGUAUAUGAAGUAUGGGAUGUCAAACAAGGCAGUAGAGAUGAUUCGCGAGAUGAAGAAUUCGGGUCUUCAUCCGGACAUUGUUACAUUUUCAACACUGAUUGACCGGUGGGGGAAGGAAGGGAAACUCGCAGAAGCUCAGGAGGCGUUUUCCCAGAUGGUUGAAGCAAGGGUGGGGAUGAAUGUGGAGGCAUGCACUGCACUCAUUGAUGCUUACGCAAAAUUAAGAAACUGGAAACAAGGGCUUGAGCUAUUCGAACAAGUACAGCGGUCGGGAACGCGGGCAAGUGUGCGAACGUACAAUUUACUGCUGGACAUGCUUGCAAAGUGUGGAAAAAUGGAGAGGGCCCGACAGGGGUUAAUAAAGAUGAAAGAAGCAGGCCUUCACCCUACGAUGGUGACGUACAACAUUCUGUUGCGCGGCUACUCCCGUGUUUUGAAGUGGAACCAAGCUCUUGAGGUUGCACUCAAGGCAGCUUAAAGGACUCCUGAAUGAUAGGGACUCUGUUGACCUUGAGUCUAUCCUUUAUACGGAGUCAGGUGCAGGCGAUAAACCCGAACGCCUCAC